UUAACUUUAUAGCAUAUGGUAUACCUACAUGAAAAAGUGAGGCAAAUUCUCAGCUUUUAUGGAUUUAUUUAUCUGCUGACAUAAUUAUUUAUGACAUUAAAAAUGUAUCACCCGUAAAACUGGCGAUGGACUGUGUGUUUCCAAGAACAGAGUGGCUCUUGAAUGCAUCCCACUUCCUUUACACUCUGUGCCUACAGUGCAUCAGAAAAAGCUUUCCCACCGAUGGAUACUGUUAGGCGGUCCGUAAACCACAACCCGUUGCAGAGUUUUAGGAGGCUAGCUCCUGUAAGCGACGUGCUCGUAGUAGUGAAUUUUAGGCAUUAUAUUAUAUCACGUAAGGUAGUGUUCCGGUUAUUUUAAGCCCAUUGUCCAUAUGAAAGCAGCAGCAGCAGCUAGCCUGGCUACAGGGCUACGCGCACUGUAACCACGGAAACACAAACGCAGCGUUUAGUAACACAAACUGCUAAUGGCUCGGUUACAUCCAUAAGCAAAAGCAAACGGUGAAAUCAUAUAGCCUGUCUCUUACACUGACAGUUCGAUGAUGGUCACACAAUGGCAAAAACACGACCCAGUUCCUCCGAAUCUCCAGCCGAGUCCCCGGAAAGCAUGGGAAGCAGCGGCAGGGGCGCGGACGCGUCUCCCCCAUGUGGUUCAAAUGUGUUGAGUCCCUCAAAAACAGGAUAUGCUAGGAGGGAUUUUAUGAUGAUGCCCCCGGAGGAAAAGCUCAAACACUUUGACAGCCGAGCUCAGGCCCACGAAGACAACCAAGAGUUUGAUGCUUGCAUCCAGGACCUGGUGCGUUGUGUGGCUCUGACCAGGCUCGUAUAUGGGGAGAGACAUCUGAAAGUAGCCCAGGCCCAUGCCAGACUGGCUAAAGCAUACUUCCAGUUCAAAGGCUUGGGACUGCAGGCCCAGGAGCACCUGGCCGUGGCCAGGGAGCUGCUGCCUGUCUGCUCCUCCUGCAGAAGUGAAAAGCUCACAUGUCUCCUGAGCGUACACCUCACACAGGGACGUGCUGCACUGCUUACAGCUGAUUUUGAGGAGGCAGAAUCCUCUUUUCUGGAGGCAGAGCAUGUUCUUCAGGAGCUCCAUCAACACGAUGCCAUCACCCAGGAAGAGAAGAUUAAGACUGAGUUGGAAAUCUCCACUAGCAUAUGCAGGGUCUAUAAGAGACAGAAGAGGCCAGAGGAGGCCUUAAGCCAGUGUGAGAGGUCUCUGCAUCUGCUGAAAGACUGUGAUAAGCCAGAGAAGACCUGCUCUGUCUAUAGGGACAUGGCUGCCAUAGAGCAGGACAGAGGUCAUUUGGACCGAGCCAUAGAGCACCUCUCCAAGGCGCAUGCCAUUGCUAUGAGCCACGGCCCGGAGGAGCUGGAGGGGGCGCAGAUCUCCCACAGCCUGGCCCUCAUCCUCUCUGCUGCAGCAGAGCCCCAUCACAAUGACUCUGCAGGUCACUACUUCGAGCAGAGUUUAAGUGCAUACAAGAACUCUGUCGGUCCACAAGAUCCAGCCUUUCUUGCUGCCCAGGAUGAUUUCUGUCGUUUCCUCCUCCUCAAUGGCCAGCAAGAGAGAUGUGUGGAGAUCCAGAGAGCCUCUCUCAGUUCGAAGCAAUCUACUUUUGGUGACCUGAGUGAUGAGGUAGCAGACACCCUGCAGCUGAUAGGAAGUGUGGAGAUGACUGAGGGCAGGAUGAAGCAGGCCUACAAGACUAUGACAAAGUGCCUGGAGAUCCAGAGUUUGAUGUAUGGUCCUCAGCACAAGAAGACAAAAGCUACAGAAAAAGCUGUGGACAUGCUGGCCCGAGCACCAGAGGUGGCUGAGAGACUACAGAGGCAAGGUAGAAGAAAAACAAAACUAAACACAUUUUCAGUUGUACCAUCAGGUGACAAUGAUGGAAACUCAAUGUCUGAUUCAUGAAAUGUUCUUUUUUAUUUUGUUGCUACAAUAACUUUAAGGGUUUGGACCAAAAACUACUGAUUCUGAAGUUUUUUUUCCAUAAAAUUUCUCUGUGUUAGAUUACAAAGGCAGUCCUGCUGAAAGUUAGCUUCUAAUUGCUCUAGCCAUGAUGAUUGUAUGUCAUAUACCCAAUAAGUUAGCUCUUAAAUAAAAAAAAAGCACACUCAGAAAACAUACCCACAAUAGGUUUUAAUUGUGUUAAGAUAUGAGUCAAUUUCCAAGUAAGGACUGGAACCAGUUUAAACCAAAGCAAAAAUGUCAGUAGAAAUCAAGAUGUCAAUAAAAGCAAAGAGGUUGGGCUAUC